AUGGCGUUGCCACUCAGGGUCUUCUUCUCCGAUUCGAACACAGUUGCGUCGGUGAUCGAGAAAUUGCUGAAACUUCUAGAGAUUGUGUCGACGUGCGCGGAGGGAUGGGCGGCGAUAGGCGGAGACGAGAGCUGCGUGGCAGCGAUUGUGAUCUCCUUUCAACUCUUUCAGGUUUGGAAUUUCUGUAACAUGCCGUUUUGGCAAUCCAACAGUACUGGUUCUUCUUUGUCUUCUUCUUCAUCUUCGAAUAGAGUUUAUCGGCAGAGCCAAGUUGUGGGUCAGAUAACUACCAACGUUGGUUCAUACUCCAACAAAAUCUCGUCUAUGGUGAUGUCUCUUCUUCCUGCUAGACGCAGACUCUGUCUCGAUCCACCUAACAAACUCCACUUUCCCUAUGAACCUGGUAAACAGGUCAAGAGCGCAAUUUCGAUAAAAAACACAAGCAAGUCUUGUGUAGCUUUCAAGUUUCAAACAAAUGCACCGAAGAGUUGUUACAUGUGUCCUCCCGGAGGUAUUAUUGCUCCUGGUGAAAGUCUUAUUGCAACUGUAUUCAAGUUUGUGGAGCAGCCGGAGAACAAUGGGAAACAAAUAGGUCAAAGGUGCAGGGUUAAGUUCAAACUUAUGAGCUUAAAAGUGAAAGGAGAUAUGAAUUACAUACCAGAGCUGUUUGAUGAGCAAAGGGAUCAAGUGGCAGUUGAGAAGAUUUUGCGAGUUGUUUUCCUUGACCCCAAACAUCCUUGUCCAGCACUGCAUAAACUUAAUCGACAAUUGGCUGAGGCUGAGGCUGCUAUUGAGGCACGAAAAAAGCCUCCAGAACAUAAAGGCCCACCUAUUGUAGGGGAAGGACUUGUUAUAGAUGAAUGGAAAAAAAGGAGAGAAAGAUAUUUGGCUCAGAAGCAGGUUAAAAGGGUUGAUUCAGCAUAAAUUACUGAUGCGUCCUCUUGUUUCUAACGGGAAGCUUGAGAAGAAGUUUUUGAAAUGUGGCAGUUGUCCUUUAAGUUACAAUAAGUGCUAAAGGGUGACCAGCAAAAAGUUAAAACAGAAACCUAUUUUUGUGGUCAUGGGAAGUGAGAUGUAGUGCCUUCAAGAUACUCGAUUUUGGGUUCUUGUUUUCUGACUUGGGGUAGCCACAAAGUUGUGAGUUUUCGUGAUGAUAAUUUGUUUAACCUUUACAACCUUGCAUGUGAUGGCUGGUUGUGCUGUUUUUUCCCUUCUGUUCAGACCAUUAGACUUUGAAAUGAAGCUUUAAGAACAUAAAACUUAGGUUUUGAUCCCUAGAAUCUACUUGAAGGCAAUUAGUUUCAUGUUUAUGAUUUGGAUUUUGGGAGGAGUGCUGGAUGCAAUUUUGUGCCGAAAGAGAUGUAUCCUCUGUAUCUUUAUGUGUAGAACUUUUUAUUUUAUUUUUUUCCUUUUUAGAGUUCAUUAUUGGAGAUUGUGGACCUGUGGUGACAAAUUAUUUGGGAAUAUUAGUCUUUGUACAAUCUAAAGAUGCCAA